GCCAUAAAGCAGCGCCUCGUCUCUCGUGUCGCCGUGACCUCGCUUGAUUUGUCGCCGUUUACAAGCGCCGCCAUGCUGUGGAGUCUGUGGAUGGCGAGUCUGUGCGUGUGCUUCUCCUCCUGGGCCGAGGGUCAUAUCUGGGCCUGGAUGCUCAACAUGCCCCACAGUCCGCCCAAAGAGGGGGUGAUGGCACUCAGGGAGGGUGCCCCCGCUGCCAGGGCCACCACGGCAGCGUGCGAACACGACAGGGUCUGCGGACGGGGCUUCUCCUGCGACCGCCAUUUUGGCCUGUGCGUGCCCCUCCGCGGGGAAGGUCAUUACUGUCGCAGAGACGCGCAGUGCGUUCGCGGCCUCAGCUGCAUGUUCGGGAAGUGCCACCGCAGCAUUCCCAACGGACAGGAAGGUGCCCGUUGCAAGGCGAACAGGGACUGCGGGGCGUCCAUGUGCUGUGCCCGCCACCAUGGCGAGCACGUGUGCAAGCGGCGGCUGGUGCGCGGCGAGAGCUGCUAUGUGCCCGACGGGGGCUUGGCGUUCAGCAUCAACCAGAUUUGCCCGUGCGACGAGGGGCUGCUGUGUCGGGAGAACAGCGCCCCACGCAGGAGAGAGUGAGAAUUGCACUGUGCUGUACUCUGUUUUCAUUUAAAAUGUCUGCAACUUGUUUUUUUCUGUUUCAGGAGGGACUUUAUUUACCAGGUGGACCGCACCAGCUGGACGUGCCAGGUGCCCAAAAGCUAACCCCA